GGCAUGUCACGUCACAUUGCUGUCAGUAUUCCAGGCCCGUCCAUCUUUUUAUUUUCUGUACAGUCACCUUUUAUCCCCGAAAAAAACAAUAUUUUCCCUUCAAAAUGAUGCUUUUUAUGCUGUUGUUCAGUCGUCAGGGAAAAUUGAGGCUGCAGAAGUGGUAUGUGGCGCAUCCGGAUAAGGUGAAAAAGAAAAUUACGCGGGAAUUGAUCACAACAAUCUUGGCGAGAAAGCCCAAAAUGUGUUCGUUCUUGGAAUGGAAAGACUGCAAGAUUGUUUACAAAAGAUAUGCGAGUUUGUAUUUUUGCUGUGCGAUUGAACAGAAUGACAAUGAAUUGCUAACUCUGGAGAUUAUUCAUCGCUACGUCGAGCUGUUGGAUAAAUACUUUGGCAGUGUCUGUGAACUCGAUAUAAUUUUCAAUUUUGAGAAAGCCUACUUUAUUCUCGAUGAACUUCUCGUUGGCGGAGAAAUGCAGGAGACAUCGAAGAAGAAUGUCCUGAAGGCUAUUGCUGCCCAGGAUGUGCUCCAAGAGGACGAAGCAGUUGAUGGAGCAUUAAGAGAUAUUGGAUUGUUGUAGGGCCACAGAAAAGAAAAGAAAAGAAAAAAAACAGAGAAAUUGCAUUGAAACUGUGUUUUACAAGAGAACAAACACACAGCUGAUCACUCGUCAAAGACGCACAAAAUGUUUCUAACAAAUCGAAUCAGUCAUAAUUUUGUCACUAAAAUAAUUACCAUCUUAAUCGAUAAUCUCACGUGCAAUUUUGCUGAAGAUUAGAGAAGAAGAAAAGAAAUCCUCAAAGUUACCUUUUUUCCAUUUUUUACAUUAAUUAUUUUUUAAAAAACGAAUUUAUUAAAAAAAAAACAUUUCUUGCCAAGUUUACAGGGGUGUAACAGUUUUUAGUAGAAAACACUAGAAGAUUUAUUUUACAUUAAAUUUAUAAGAAUAUGCUUGGUGAAAAAAAGACCAGAAGUAUAUGGAAUAAAAAAUCAAAAGAAAAACCAUUGAACAGUAUUGAUUUUUUUAUUUAAAUUCUAAACAAAGGAAUACAUAUUUUGUAAAUAAAAAAAAAUAAAAGAAUAACAAUGUAAAAGGGAACGCUCAAGUGCUUUUGUUUUGUAAAGAAAAAUCUUUGGAAAUUGCGAAAUUUACUGUCCAAAUAAUUAAAAAGAUUCAGUUUGUUCUCGAUAAAAUAUAAAAGAGAUGUUUACAAACCAAAAGUAAUUGUGCGUUGCCCAUAAGAGACAGAAAUUAAUAGAUAAUGAGCCAAAGUGAGUUUAACACUAAAACUAAUAAAGUUUGUAAUAAAAUAUAGCUAACAAA